UCUGUGGUUCCUUUUUGUUCUUUAGGAUGUCAUUUUGGUGAACAGAGCAAUUCUACAUCAACGAACGCUACAGAUGGAGCUUUUUUUAUUCUUUAUACCACUUGAUUGAUCUUUUUGAAAAAGAGGAUAUUUAUGUGCACAAGACUACGUUGGUUAUUUGCGAUGGAUUACGGCGAACAAAGGCACAGAUGGCAACACUGGUGUAUGGCUCUGCGUUUAUUUUUGUUGCUCUGCUUCGGAAAACAUGUUUUGGCUCAAAUAAGGUACUCUGUACCUGAAGAAGUGAAAGAAGGAACUUUUGUGGGUAAUAUUGCAAAAGAUUUGGGUCUUGAUGUCAGUUCCUUGGUAGACAGACGGUUUCGCAUCGUUUCUGGAUCCAAAGACGCUCUUUUCCAGGUAAACACGAAUAAUGGCGAGUUGUAUGUAUAUAAAAAAAUCGAUAGAGAAGAGCUGUGUGGUGAUAAUGGAGGCUGCCUAAUAAAUCUCAAAAUUGCAGUUGAACAUCCACUUGAAAUACAUUACGUGGGUGUAGAGAUAAGGGACAUAAACGACCAUGCUCCCAUUUUCCCAGAAAAGGAGCAACAUUUAAAGAUUGCAGAAAAUACGGUAACUGGGGCUGAUUUUCCGCUUGUCGCUGCCCGGGACCCUGACUCUGGCGUAAAUUCUCUUCGAACGUACAAACUGAGUCAUAACGAGCAUUUUGAUAUCGAGAUUCGGGAUGAUGGAGAAGAUAAUAAAAUACCAGUUUUAAAAUUACAGAGAGCACUUGACAGGGAGCAUCGCGCUGCUCACAGUUUAGUGCUGACUGCGAUUGAUGGUGGAAAUCCACCGAAGUCAGGGUUAAUGAAUAUUUCAAUAACUGUACUCGACAUUAAUGACAACAGACCAGUAUUCAGUGAAGAUGUUUAUACUAUAACAAUUCCUGAAAAUACCCCAAAGGGAGCAUUUCUAAUCAACGUAAGUGCUACAGAUGUUGAUAAAGGGUUGAAUGGAGAUGUUAUCUUUUCGUUUGCUAGUAACGUAAAGAAAAAAGUUUCUGAAACGUUUGAACUGGAUGGAAAAACAGGAGAAAUUCGAGUAAAAGGAAUGAUUGAUUUUGAGGACACAGAGAUAUACAGAGCUGAUGUUACUGCAUCUGACCGAGGAGAACCCCCAAUGACAACGAACUCUAGAGUAAUCAUAAAGGUUGCAGAUAUAAAUGACAAUGAACCUGAAAUUGAUGUGACCUUCCUCUCUAACGUAGUACCCGAACAUUCUAAACCAGGAACUGUUGUUUCACUCAUUAGUGUAAGUGACAAAGAUUCAGGUGUUAAUGGAAAAGUGAUAUGUAGUCUAUCUCAAAAAGCUCCUUUUGAGUUAAAACCGUCUAUUCAGGAAAAUAUGUAUUCCCUGGUCACGAAAACUAAUUUGGAUCGAGAAGAGGCUUCACAUUAUGAUAUUACAAUAUUUGCUGUUGACUUAGGGCAACCUCCUCUGUCCUCAUUCAAAACUUUGAGCGUGGAGGUAUCAGAUGUCAAUGAUAAUCAUCCCGUGUUUCCAGAAAACCCUCUUGAACUUUACAUUUUUGAAAAUAAUUUGCCGGGGGACUCCAUUUUCUCAGUGAGCGCAUGGGACAAAGAUGAAAGCGAGAACGCCCUGAUCUCAUAUCAUGUUAUAAGAGAUGAUGUAGUACAAGAUGGCAUGGCCUCUUUCCUCAACAUUAACUCUGAAACAGGUGUUAUUCGUGCCCAUAAGAGUUUCGACUUUGAAACCGUCAAAACGUUUCAGUUCCACGUGUCCGCUACAGAUUCUGGAACUCCACCACUGACCAGCAACGUCACAGUAAACGUUUUCAUUCUGGAUCAGAACGACAAUGUUCCAGUGAUCUUAUAUCCAGUCAGCUCUAACGGAUCUGCAGAAGGUGUGGAGGAGGUUCCUCGCAAUGUGAACGCAGGACAUUUAGUGACCAAAGUGAGAGCCUAUGAUGCAGAUAUAGGAUACAAUGGCUGGUUAUUAUUUUCAAUGCAGGAAGUGAGUGAUCACAGUCUAUUUGGUUUGGACCGCUAUACUGGACAGAUAAGGACCCUCCGCUCAUUCACAGAGACAGACGAGGCUCAGCAUAAACUGGUCAUACUGGUCAAGGACAAUGGCAACGUCUCACUUUCAGCAACAGCGACUGUGAUUAUUAAAGUUGUGGAGCCCAAAGAGGCUUUUGCUGCUUCUGAUGUACAAAAUGUUAUAAAGGAUGAGGAGGACAGUGACAUUACGUUUUAUCUCAUCAUCACUUUGGGCUCUGUUUCAUUGCUUUUUUUGAUCAGCAUCAUUGUUCUGAUCGUAAUGCAAUGCGCUAAAUCUACGGACUAUUCAUCAAAGUAUCUACAAGAUACAAACUAUGAUGGGACACUGUGUCACAGCAUCCAGUACAGAUCAGGAGAUAAACGCUACAUGUUAGUUGGACCUAGAAUGAGCAUCGGUUCUACAAUAGUUCCGGCCAGUAAUGGGAAUACUCUAGUGGUACCAGAUCGCAGAAGCAGAGCUUCUGAAGAGGUAUGUGCUUGUUAAAUUACUUUUAUUGGUGUUCAGUCAUGUACACUUAUUUUUUGUUUUGUUAAUACAGCAUCGUUCAUACAUUGUAGCCGAGAAAGGCAGACCUCCCUCCCCCUCACACACAUACUUGAUUUUGUAAGAGAAAAUAAGACCACAUGCUCUACAAAAUAAAUACAAAUGCACACUUUC